AUGUCUGGAAAAUACGAUGACAUGCUUUUCAUGAUGGCACAAGAUAUGGGCGGAAUCCAAGCUAUUCUUAACGAAUUCUUUGGGUUUCUCAAGCGAAGGACUGACUUUUUUGUGCUAGCCAACCCUGGAGACCCUGUUGGAUUUUUACCAGGUCAUGCAGAACAAUUGAUAUGAAGCAUUUACAAACAUCACAGAGAAGAUUACAAUAGAGAGCAUCCAUUUGUUCCAAAACCUCCAGCUCCAAAACCAGAGCCAAAAACUGAAGAAAAAGUUGAAGAAAUCAAAGAAGAGCCUAAGCAGACUGAAGAAAAGAAAAUCGAAGAAAAAUCUGUUCCCAAGCCUGUCAUAGUUGACUCCAGUAUCAGCACAUAUAAUGGUGCAGCUACAGAAAAAUACAAAUGAAGCCAAGAUUUAAACGAUAUCACUCUAUAGGUGUUUUCCCUAUAUAGCCCGAUAAGGGCCGUGGGUUCUCCGUGGAAUCCCUCUGCUGGCUGAACCAACCAGUGAAUUGGUCAAAGCAACAGAGGGAUUCCACGGAGAACCCACGGCCCUUAUCGGGCAUAUAAGGAAAACCCCUAUACAAAUAGACUUGCCUAAAGGAGCCAAAGCUAGAGAUAUAAAUGUAAAAUUCGAUGCCAAAAAAAUAUUCAUUCAAAUUAAAGGACAAGAUCCAGUAUUAAAUGGUGAGCUAUACGACUACGUUCAUAAAGAAAGGUGCUAUUGGACCAUUGACGAUGGAGCUCUAGUAAUUACUCUAGAAAAAGCUAAAGAUUCUGUAUGGAAAUGUGUCAUUCUGGGUGAUAGUGAAAUUGACCCAAAAACAGUGGAUACAAGUAGAAGAGUUGAUGAAUAUGAUGAAGAAACACAAAUGGGAAUUAGAAAGGUCAUGUAUGAGCAUGAUAGAAAAUUAAAAGGACUGCCUACUAGUGAUGAAGAGAAAGCACAAGAAGCACUAAAGAAAAUGUGGGAUAGCUCACCUUAUGCUGGACAGCCUUUUGAUAUUAGUAAAUUAGGAACGCUAGCAAAGCCAGCAUCAAAAGAAAGCCAAGAAGGAAAAAUAGAAGAGGUUGAUGAUUAA